UAAAGACAAAGCUGUAUGUAAUAAAAAUUCUUUGACUUCUAUAUAAGAGAAUAUAUACUUCUAACAACCCAAUGCAGUGUUGCCAUAUAUGCGGAUUUGUCCGUAUCCUUACGAGAUUUUAACAUUUAAACCGGAUAAUAAGAGCAUUCGGAUUUUUAUACGGAAUUGUCAGGAAAAUGCAAACAGUAGUUUAUUAAUAAAUCUAAUCCCAAUAAAAUGAUUUAAAUUAAAUGAAAUAAUACACAUUAUUUAAUCCAGCUGCAAUACCAUUGAUUUUGUAUUUUUCGGCGAAUUUAGCAAAAAUCAGGCAAAUUCACUGAUAAAGAUACAGAAUAUGGAUUUAGGGAAACCGCUUGAAAUUUUUUGCUUGCUGGAGACAACCUGAGCAAGAAAAAGUUUAAAAUCAGUGAAUGGCGAGGUCAUCAGCAGUAUUGACCAGGGUUUGUGUGUGCUUAUUGGCAUAUCACGAAAUGACACAAUAAAAGACAUGGAAUAUAUUGUUCGUAAGCUUUUGAAUGUAAGGCUGUUUGAUGAUGACUCAAAUGCGAAAUGGAAGAAGACUGUUGUAGAAAAACAGUUUGAAUUACUCUGUGUUAGUCAAUUUACUCUUUACAAUACAUGGAAGGGAAACAAACCUGACUUCCAUAAUGCUAUGUCUGCUGAUAAAUCAAAAGAAUUCUAUGAAAAAUUCUUACAAAUGUUAAAGGAUGCUUAUGAACCUGACAAAAUUAAAGAUGGUCAGUUUGGUGCUUAUAUGCAAGUUUCAAUUCAAAACGACGGUCCAGUUACUCUGGAAAUAGAAUCUCCUUGCAGUCCCAGUAAAGGCAAGAGCAGAAACGGGGUGCAAGAGGUCCCACAAGUUGACAUUAGUACAGAAGACGAUUUCAAGAGUUAAAUAA